AUGAACAUGCGUCAAUCGACUAAUUCAUCUCAAGAACAAAACGAAAAAGCAAUGUCAGCUAAUUCGAUGUUUCUCAUUGCUUUAUUGUCAUACACAUUGAUAAAUCAAUUAGGCAUAACCAAAUCAAAUCCAUGCAAGUAUUGCCUACGAUUGUACGAUGGAACGUAUGAGAAUGGUUCAUAUACUGACGUGUACAAAAGCGUUGGCUCACUCUCACCACCAUGGAUACCUGGAUCUGUUUGUGUCCCUCUGAUACAUGAUUCGAAGAGACAGCCCCAUACUGGCGUUUAUAUGAAGACGUCAACUACUCUGGUAAGGACACUGCCAUUGGACAUGGUGCCUGCAUUGAUGACUUCACGAAAUCCGGAUUGAAAAGGAUUUCCUCCAUUCAGAAGUGUGUUUAUGGGGAAAAUGGAAUGGUUCAAUGUAUCAGUGAAUCGAAACGUCGAAGGAAAUAUUGUCGAUACUAA